AGCGUUUCUGGAUCUGGCGCCUUUGGCCUCUGCCGCGCGACCGCGGGCGGGGGCGCAGCAGGCGGCCGCGCGCGCGCGCGCCCGGUGGGGGCCGCCUCGCCGGCGGCGGGCGCCUUCCUCCCCCGCCCCACUUAAGGGCCAGACGAAAGGGGGGGUUACGAAAUCUGCUGCAUGCAGCCGGUUUCACCCGGGGCACAUGGCGCACGUGCAGGGGCGGGCCCUGCGGCUCCGGCUCCGAGCAGGCUGGUGCUCCUCGCCGAGAGGGCGGCAAGCUGGCCCGCGAGGUCGGGACGUGACAGCCCCGCGCGCUGCCCGCUGCCGCCCUGGCGGCCAGCGCUCCGUGCUCGACCCGGGGUUGUCCAUACAGUCGGGCCGCUGAAGAAGGAACGCUUUUCCUUGGGGAGGGGCUCAGGCUUCCUUCAUUGUUUUACCGUUAGUCUCAGAUAUUCCUUUGGUUUUCUGCGGAGGAAUCGGUUCCCCGGGCGGUGGAUAUGCAGAAGUCCCCGCUUCGCAGGCGAUGUGUCCCCCCUUUGUUCAACGUCUGCCUCCGCACGCUCGGGCCCCGCAGCACCGCCACGGGCGCGGGGCCUUCGCCUGGGACCCUGCACAGCGUCGCGUGGCCACGGCGCUGGCGACCUCGCUCUGGACGACCCCCUCUGGGGCUCCAGCUGGCGGCAGUGUCGACCCGCGCGCACGGGCCAUGCAGCAUCGCCUGCGACCCCGGGUGCAGCGCCACGAGGCCACAGCCCCGGCGAUGCCGCCCAGCUGGCGCACAUGCUCGCUGUGAGAAGUCCGGCUGUAGAGAUUAUCGUUUGUGGUCUUGAAGGUGCUCUCUUUCCUCCUACGGCCUUCCCUCUCGUCUCCGACAUUCUCGAGGCGCGCCACCGGCAGAUGCGGUCGCCGUCGGCGGCCGCUGCCGAAAACGCUGGUGUGAUUGCCCGAGGCCUGCGCAAGAAACAAAAAAGACAUCUGAGGCAGCUCCCAAAGAGAGGGCAGUGACGCAUGCCGUGUCUUUCUCUACUUGCUCCUCAGGUUCUCAAGGGAGCUGGGCCACCCCGUGGCUCACAGCUUCAUGCGCUUGCCCUCUACACCGCUUGUAUCAGAAGCAGCAGUGGUCAGGGUUGCAGAAUGCCAGGAUUGCAGCAUAGAUCCCUUACUUGUCCACUCUCUUGCUUUGCCCUCCC